AUGUGCACAUUCACCGAAUCGGUUAAAUUUUGUCAGAACUCUUUAACAAAUCGCAUUAUCGGAGGUGAAGAUGUAAAUAUCGAGGAUUAUGGGUGGCAAGUUUCUAUACAAAUAUUUGAAGAACAUCUCUGCGGCGGUACGAUUUUAACCCCGAUUUGGAUAUUAACUGCUGGACACUGUUGGCUGAGACCUUUCGUGAUUCUUUCUCGCUAUGUAAAAAUCAGAGCCGGAAGUAGCAAAUUGUAUAGUGGAGGAACUGUGAUAAGCUUGGAAUCUCUUAUAAUUCAUCCGAACUACGCCCCAGGCCCUGACAACGAUGCUGCCUUAGUUUCUUUGAAAUCUCCUUUGCCCUUAAACGGAGGAUCAAUCCGUUCGAUUGGUUUAAUUCCACAAGAUACCGUCAUACCAGCAGGCGAAGAAGUUACCGUAACGGGAUGGGGAUAUUUACGGCAAAAUAGUGGAGACCUUUCUCCGACACUUAAAGGAGUCACAGUGUCAAUAAUAGAUACGGCAACAUGCAAAAAAGUUUACGAAGAUCGUUAUACAAUAAAUGAUAACAUGAUAUGUGCCGAGUACAAAGGUGACGUGCCCAAAGACGCCUGCCAAGGAGACAGCGGUGGACCAUUAGUUAACAGCAACAAGACUCUUGUGGGAAUUGUAUCUUUUGGCGAUGGAUGCGGCCAAAAAAAUUCUCCGGGUGUGUACACACGAACUGCUUCUCCAAGCAUUAGAAACUUCAUACGCAACUACACCUACAUUUAA